AUGUCAUCCAGCAAAGUCGGAAAAGUGAGUUCUGUGACGUCGGAGUACAAGUGGGUUAUCGAGAACUUCUGUACCAGUUGCAAAAGAGUUGGCGAAGUUUUGCUGUCCCCAGAAUUCUCGACGUUAAUUUCUGGCGUUCCAACUCAGUGGCAGCUGGGGCUCUAUCCAAAGGGUGAAGGUUAUACCUCUAACCAAUGUUUGAGUAUCUACCUUUAUAAUUUGUCCGACGCAAAUAUCACGGUGAACGUUUCCUUCGCCAUAGUCGACGGCAAUGGCAAAGUACUGCUCAAAAAGAUCCUUGGCGAAAAAUCAUUCAACAAAACCUUAAAUUGGGGAUUCCCUGCUUUCGCGUGUAGCUAUGAUAUAAUGGAUAUUUUGGACGACGACAAACUAAGAAUCGUCUGUAAGAUAUCGCUUCACCCGAUCGAAAGCAAAAAGACCGUGCAACAAGAAGCGGAAGACGAUAAUGAAAAAUUCCUAUCUGAACAGAUAAAGAAAGAAAAAAACAGAGUUCGGUUGUUGGAAUUCGACAUAUUUGAGAGAAUGAUUACAGAAGAAGAUAAGUUUAGCGAUGUGACCUUUAAAAUAGGGAACCAGACCUGGAGAGCUCACAAGUGCAUCCUCGCCAAGAGAAGUUCCGUUCUCGCUACAAUGUUUCAAGAGGAAAUUAAGGACAACGUCGCGGAGAUCAAGAACGUCGAGCCGAACGUUUUCAUGGAGUUUCUGAGAUACGUGUACAGCGGCAAAGUCAACGACAUAGAGAAGAUCGCGGAAGAACUAUUGUUUUUGGCGGUAAGGUACAAACUAGAUACGCUGUUCGAAAUGUGCGAGGAAACAAUAUGCGAAGAAGUGAACUUUGAAAGUGUUGUGGAAAAACUCAGGUUUGCGCACAAUUACAAAGCUUCGAAUUUGAAAAAAACGGCAAUGAAUUUAAUUGUCUCAAAUGCGAAGAAUAUCGUUGUUCUGCCAAGUUUUAAAGCGCUAACGGAUACGCCGGAUCUACUGUAUGAAGUACUGCUUAGUAUGGCGAUGCAUAAUAUUUAUAAAGAGUAA